GCUGUCGUCGGAUGUCUUCCCGAUCCGGGUCCGUAUUCAGUGAUUAAGCUGAACUGAAAUGAAUCCAAAUUGCAGUGAAUUCGAAGAGUUUGUCUUUGAUUAUUCUUCGCAGAAGUUUUGAAGGUAGUGAAGAGGAAAGGUCCUCUUCUAUUGUUAUCUGGGCACGGUCACAAGGAAGUAAUGGGUCAAGGAAAUUCUGUCACUCCUCUGAGCUUGAUAUUUUAAAACAUCGACUGGGCUGACGCCAGGAACCUGUUUCACUCGAGAUGGAGAUGGCUGAUAAAUUCAGACGCCCCGGAGAGACCAAGCAGCAGGCUGCCGCCCGCUUCCAGAGGGAUCUCCGGCGGGAACUGUUACCUCAGCAACGAGAACUGCGACGGGAGUCCAACCGCAAGGAGUUCACAAGCCUCCUGAACCUCCUGACGGACCCUGAGCGAGCUCUAGAUGACACGGACCAUCUUGAGUGGCUUCGGCUUCUCAUCUCCGGUGGGAAGCCAUUUGACGACUACGCCAAUGAUGUCAAGGAGUUUGACGAUGCCACGGCGUGUGGGUUGGUGUGGACUGCCAACUUUGUGGCGUACCGGUGCAGGACAUGCGGGAUCACGCCAUGCAUGUCAAUUUGCGCUGACUGCUUUCACGGCGGUAAUCAUGAGGGACACGACUUCAAUAUGUUCAGGAGCCUGGCUGGAGGAGCUUGCGACUGUGGUGAUACAAGCGUCAUGAAGGCAGAAGGAUUUUGCAAUCGCCACGGUGAAGAUCAUCCGCAGAGGAAGGAAGUCCCGCCCACUCUUCUUCUCAUGGCCCGGGAGAUCAUCCCUGCUCUGCUGGCAAGACUACUUCUUCACAUGAGGCUCAACUAUACACGAGUACCAACAGACCGAUAUAUGAGAUCAUCAGGAGACGUCUUUAUUUCGGCCAUGAGAGAAGCCGAUGCCUUCCUGGACCUCCUGCACGACCUUUGCAAAAUGGGCGGGGCCAUGAGGCACGUGCUCACCGAGACCCUCAUGGACAGGGACUUCUAUGCGAAGAUUCUCAAAGAUAUAAGCAGCAAUCCUGGCUCGAAGACGCAUGGAAGUGAGGAUCUAUAUAAGCACGCGGUCAAUGCACUGCCUUCACCUGACCAACACGUCGUCAUUGGCGCCACCACAUACCCUGGAAUGACCAAGGACCUGAACCACCUGACUCUCCUUGAAGAACUCAUAUUCUGGACAGUGAUCUAUCGCUUCCCUCAGAAGAUGGUUACCUUCCUACUGAACAUGCUGCCUGAUAAUGACUAUAAGGAACUCUUCACGACGACGUUUGUCCAGCAUUACGGGUGCAUCGCGAUGUUCCUGGCCGAGGAGAGGGCCCCCAACCUCCUGGCCAAUCGGGUCGUCCACAUCAGCGUGCAGCUCUUCAGCAACGAGGACCUGGCGCUGCGCAUGGCCGAUGAGAUGCGCCUGCUGGAGAUCCUCAUCAAGUGCGCCCUCAAUCAGGUCAUGAAGACAGCCAUGACGUGUCCCAUGACAGGUCAAGGAAGCAAGGUCCGUAAUAGACACCAGGUGGUCAACUGUGACAACAGGAUCCUGAAAGGACAGUGCUACUGGCCGAUUAUCAGCGAUCUGACCAACAUCAUAUCGCAUCGGUCUGUCGCAGAGCGGUUCUUCAGCAGCCCUGAUCUGAUGGCUCUCUGGGCUCGGUUCCUGAGAUACUUCAUGUGUAUGAAUCUCAACGUAAGAGAGUUGACCCAACACGUAGAGUUUGAAUCCAACACCUACUCCACUGCUUUCUCAGCUGAAAUAGAGGCCUGUGCUGCCCCCAUGUGGCAGAUGACUGUCCAUUGCAAGGAUCUCAAUGCUUCAAACUUCACGUUGGGUAUGCUGUUGGCGUGCCUGAAGGAGCUCUGCCAUUGGCUGGCCGAUAGCAGACUACCGAGGGAGCUACACCCUCUCCAGGUCUCCUUUCACCUGCCUCUCCUGCGAUACUUCUCCAACUUCCUCAGUCAGGCAAUCAAUCAGCAAGGCCUAGACUUUGAAAAGAUCAGACUGGAUAAGGGACUCUUGACAAGACUCAUGGUCUUCCCACUUCAGAUACAGGCCAAACUGAGUGAGAUAUUCAGUGGAAUGUGGGUUCGCAACGGGGUCCAGAUGAAAUGUCAGGCAAUGACCUACCUUCAAUGUCACUUCUGCGCCUCGAUGGGGGAUCUAGAUCUCUACUUUCUUCAGGUGUGUGCAUCUAUAUUAGACCCAGACUAUGUAGUGGAGACCAUUUUCAAGAGAUUCAAUGUAUUUGAGUGGCUUGUAGUGGACCCUAACAAGCCAGCCAGUUCUUUAGAACCAGACAGAGUCAUGUCCAUGUUAGAGGGCGCCCUUCAACAUAUUGCAAUGCUUGUCAGCAUAAGAACCCAUCUCGGUAUGUCUGAGGCUGAGCUGAUGAGGGAUGAGAUUGUUACAUUACUCUGCAUGCAAGACAGAACCCACAGUCAUCUGCAGGAUAAGAUUCCUGAGAAGACCGGGCUUGUUGGAUCAAAUGGGAAUUUUGAUGAUAUUCUCAAAGAGGUGGCUGACUACAGGGAUCCUCAGACCGAGGUAGACGGGGUCCAGCAGGGCAAAUUCUCUCCCAAGCCGUCCAUCUGGCACACAGACUUUGAUCCUCUCAGGACGAUGCUCCGCUCCAUGCAACGCAAGGACUUCCAGAGUGCCCUGGAUAGAUACACUGAUCAAUUGAAGCAGUCUGGACGAUAUAGGGGUACCACCCACCCCUGGCCUCCAUACCAGCCCCUCAAGCCUAUUAAGCCAAUCUAUCAAGGAAUCAGGAAGCUCCUCCACUCAAAGACACUCCAUGCUGCCAUCUUCAACAUCUUACAUAAAGCAAUCCAAGACAAGAAUAUAAGUGAUUCUGUUCUAUGUUUGUGCGUGGCAUUGCUUAACCUAGGACUCCAAUGUUCAGCUGAAUUUCAGGUUUCGGAUUCAACGCCACCCAAGUGUGCCACCACCCCUGGAGGCCCCGUAGGAUCUGAUCUUUCCACCUGGUUUGAUUCGUCAUCGUUGAUCACCAACAUGACCAAGACCAUUGAAAGCCUCACCAUCGUCUCUGAGAGCCAACAGGAGCAAUCCUCAAGCAAGGAAUCCAACGGUGACUUAGUCUUUGAUCCAGACACCAUGUUGCAGCACAUGCUGAACCAAGAGCUUGCCACCAUCUUAGAAACUUGGGAUCAGUCAAGUGCGGCAGUCGGGGGAACGGAAACCCAAGACGUCGAGAUGGCCGAGAAUGAUACAGAAGACGAGGAAGUUGAGCAGGAGGACGCCGCUGGGCAAGACGACGACGAUUAUGAUGAUGAGGAUGAGGUGGCGUAUGUGCAUCAUUAUCUUGAAGAUAUGCUUGAUGAUGAUGAUGAUGAUGAUGAGCUUGUGGGAGCCGUAGGGGGGCCCGAUCUCGCGAUCGUUCACGAAGGAGGUCAGGGCGUAGAAAGUGCAAUAGUGUCAAUCAUCGACGAGGCCAUCGAGCAUCAUAUGGUGUAUCCUGGUGACAAUGAUGACGACGAUGGUGACAAAAAUGCCCCAGGAACCAGCGAAGGGAAAGCCGGCAAAGAGGCGGUAACCUGGCCGUCUACGAGGGAAGAAUCCUUCAGCAUACCGAUAGGUGAAAGUCUCAUCUCGCUGCUCAUUAAACUACAUACCAAACAGACGGGAAGGGAGUCAUCGUAUGUUCCCAUCGGCAAGAGAAUGCCCGGGAUGGAACAAAAGGACUGUUUUGGAAGUGGUCCUUACUACAUCCAGGACCUCCUGGACCGGUUCUGUUCCAUGGGUGAGGGUCAGAGCCACGCCGUUGAGUCGUCGUGUUACAAGCAAGACCAGGAACAGGCUCAGAACCGAUCCAACUCUCCUGUAGAUUCAGCUGCAGAGAGGAGGAGAAAGGCAAGAGAAGCUCAGAAGCAGCUCGUCGCAAAGUUUGCUUCGCAGCAAAAGAGGUUCCUGGAACAGACUCUCGAAAAACAAGAUGAUGACGAGGGCAUGGAUCAGCAAGAAUCGGGUGAAAGUUCGACAGCAUCAGCAGCUGAUCCUAUCCCUGUGAAGGAAUACGAGUGUGUGAUAUGUGGGCAGACAAGCCCUUCAACGGCAGCUAAACCGAUCGGACUAGUGGUACUCAUGCAAGCAACUAAUGUACUAGGCCAGAGAUGUCUCAAAGAUCAGCGUAUCCCUCUACCCAUCGGAAAUGACCCAUCUCUAACAAACAUUGGUAGAUGCUGGAGGGAGGAGAUGCAGAGGCAAACGACACUCCUUGACAGCUUCGGGAAGGAGAGGUCUUGGGAAGCUGCUAGUACUGGCUGGGAGGGUGGGGUCCAUAUCCAGACGUGUGGACACUCCCUUCAUUUAGACUGUCAUCAGGCAUACCUCAAUUCACUCAGGGGUCACAACUACCAAGCACACGAUCUGGACGUGCGAAGACGAGGAGAGUUUCAGUGCCCUCUAUGUCGGCAGCUGGCCAACUCUGUCUUGCCGUUCGUCCCUGUCAAGCCAUCCAGGGUUUCUUCCCUAGAGAGGAAAAAGACGUCUCUGAACCGGGUCUCUCAUAUCCUCAGUGGGAAGACGCCUAGGUCUGAUGCUAUGUUUUCAGUCGAGUUGAGUCCAGAGCAAAGUGGGGCCAUCCAGGCAUUCAUCAACGAUCUCUGGCGGGAGAACGAAUGCGAAGAACUUGACGACAUGAAGGCAAACCCCGAUGGUCUCUUCCCAAGAAUAUGCUCAAUAGCCAGAAUUAACCUUGAAUUGGAGAUCGUGUCUGCCGGUGGCAAUCUUCUCAACCAUGCAAACACAGCAAAGAAACGCAGCUGCCUCAGACCAUUACUGAAGAUCCUUGAUAUACAUGCUAGGCAGAUCAACAGAGGAACACAUGUUGCGAAGAUGUGGUCUAAACUUGUCACUGGGGCAUAUGCAAAUGUACGAAUGUCUGCAGCUGAUAAUGGAGUCCCAGUACUGGUCUGCGAUCCGGUGGCCUUAUUUCUACUCUUUGUCUUCAGUAUACCACAGCCUGUAGAGAAAGCAUUGUUCCAGUGUAUCGUAAGUACUGUCUACCAUUUGGUCUAUGUCCAAGCCUUGGCCUCCCUGAGCUGUAGGCUGCCGGAGUCUGAGAGGAGAGCCUGGCAGAGCAGUGGCAGACCCUUAAAGUCUGAGAAGAAGGAGAAAGAAAUUGGAAUGGCUUGGUUGUUAAGUGACGUCAUCUCACAGCUUAGUCAAACCAAUCUCUACCAACACGCAGACUUUGUUUCUAGUUCUUCCUUUCAGUUGUACCAAGCUGUGUGGUCACCCAAGACUGUCGAGGCUGCUUUAGUUCACCAGUGCCUCCCAUGGUUGAGGAUCGUUGCUUUGGUCCAACACUACCUGUUUGAUGAAGAUUUGCCAGUGUGUGAGAAUCCGGAGGAUGAGUUUCGUACACUGGCAGCGUUCCUGUGCCUUACCGACCCUGACCAGGCUCAGAGCUCAUCUGGUUUGCUGUCAGCACAAUGCUUCAAGCCCCCAGCCAGACGAGAGCCUACCUCCAUCAUAACAGCACUCUGUAGUCCGUACUGCGAGUUUGUGAAGAGGUCCCACACAGCGGCAAAGGAUCUCCUGAUGGCUAGUCCCACCUACUACCUUCCGCGUUUGCUCCAGCUGCCUCAAGACUACAAUGCCCUCUUCAAACGCUACAACCAGCAGGUGUGCACCAUGUGCAAGAAGAAGCCGGACAGGCCCCUGGUGUGUCUGAUCUGCGGCAAGCUGGUCUGCUGGGGAGCCACCUGCUGUAAGGGACAGGUGAAGGAGAAGGACGUCGGAGAAGGUAUCAAGCAUGCUUAUUACUGUGGCAAAGGAACUGCCAUCUACCUUGACAUCAAUUCCUCGGCAAUGUUGCUGAUCAGAGGGGACAGAAAAUGCACAUGGGUUUCUCUCUACCUGGACAGCCAUGGUGAAGAAGACAUUGAUCUCAAGAGAGGCAAGCCACUCUUUCUAUGUGAACAGAGACACACCCUCCUGGAGAAACUGUGGAGGAGCCACGCCCUGGAUCACAACUGCAAGAAGUGGGAGUGGCACCACGGUGGGCUGGACAGGAGAAGGGGAUUCCCCCUGAGCUUUCCCUUCUAGCCACUGCCAUACAUGUAUGGAGGGGAUUCCCCCCCCCUUCAAGUGUCGGCCAUGUAGAAAUGAACAUGUGGAGGGAAUCCCCCCUCGGGAUUCUUUAGCUGGACAUAUGGAAUACACAGUGAGCCACAUGGACAAAACUUGCCGUUUUGUACCCCUUUUGUAGGACGUUAAAGCGUAUGAAGAAAAUUACAUGUAUCUGGCAAGGCUCCACACUAACCUCUUUUCUUAGUGGCCCGAUCAGUCCACCAAAAUCAUCAAUUCAUAUAUUUGGUGGCCCUAAAACAAUAGAAAACAUUACAAUUUAUAAAAAUCUUUGGAAACCCAACCGGGCCACUAAGUGUGGGCUUUGACAGAAUUUUGGUGGCCCGACUCUCAUUUUUGGUUGCCCGGGCCACUGUUCAUGUCGAGCCCUGCAUAUGGACAGUUUACUUUUUU